AUUACAUUUUAAUACCGUUGAAAAAAUUGGGCUUGAUAGGGUUUCUUUUCAUUUCCCCCAAUUCUUUUCCCCCAAAAUUCAAUUUUUCCCCCUUCGAAUUUUGAAGAACCCUAAAUCCUCUCUUCCGAUUUACUGAGAAAGAUUUGAACUUUCACGCCAUUUUGUCAGUAGAAUAAGUUCUCCGACGCAAUUCAUCGCAAUGUUUCUGCAAAUCCGCAAUAACAUUGUUCACUUCUCCAAGAAUUAUUCCUUACGAACUCGCAACUCCCAUUUUCCUUUCCCUCUUCUUUCUCUUGUCCAAUUUUACUCCAAAUCUAGGGUUGAGAAACAGAGAUCCCCUGCAAUUUUCGAAUUAUUGCUGCACAAACACAAUUUCUGCCCGGAAGCCGCGUCGCAAGUCGCCACGUGUUUAACCCUAACCCGCCUGAAAACCCUCGAGAAAUUCGACUCCACACUGUCGUUCUUCAAAGAGAGCGGCUUUUCAAACCCCCAGUUGGAGAAAAUGCUCAAGUACAGACCUACUCUGCUCUCAGCAAAUCCCGACAAGGUAAUCAAGCCCAAAAUCAAACUCUUCCAAGACUUGAAUUUUUCUGCUCAAGACAUAGCUGAGAUAAUCACGAACGAUCCCGAUAUUAUUACCGUAGUUUGAACAAUCGAGUCGUGCCGUCAUGCUUGUGUGAAGACUUGCUAGGUUCUAGUUUGGAGGUAGCUAAGGUUUAAAAGAUUUCCGGGUGCUUCUUGAAAUAUGAUAUAGGCAAGACUAUGGCUCCCAAUAUCGAAUUCUCGAAAAAUUGUGGUAUAGCGGUUGAGCAGAUUAGUUGGCUUAUGUAUACUUAUCCGAGGUGUCUCCUUUGUAAGCCGAAAAGUAUGAUUAAAUUUGUUGGUAGGGUCGAUGAAAUGGGAAUUAAUAGGAGCUCGAAAAUGUUCAUUCACGCCAUACGUGUGCUUAGUUCGAUGACGGACGAAACUUGGGAACAAAAAUUGAAGGCUUUUAAGAAUCUAGGUUUUUCCGACGAAGACAUAGUGGAAACUUUUAGAAAGGCGCCUCAGGUUUUUUCUAUGUCCGAAGAAAAGAUGAAGAAGUUGAAGGAAAUUUUGAUUGCGAGUGGGAAAUAUGAUUUUUCGUGUGUUAUUAGUCACCCAACGUCACUUAUUUGCAGCGUUGAGAACAAGUAUAAGCCGAGGCUGCAAGUUUUGGGGGUUUUGGAAAGUCGUAAUCUGAUUAACAAUUGGCCUAGUUUUUCAGCGCUAUAUAAAAUGCCCGACGAAUCUUUUGUGAAGAAAUAUGUUGGACCUUAUUUAAGUGAAGUUGGUGAUCUGCAUAAAGUCGAGAGUUCGUUCUGUGCUAAAAACGGCUUUUUGAUACUCGUUCUGUUAAUAAUGAUUGCAGCAAUUGUACGCCAAAAUGGCAUCAAUUUGUGCUUCAAGAAUUCUUCACCCCUCCGCAAAUCCGAUGUCGUUUUCUCGCAUCUUCUUCUCCAUUUCUCUACUGUUAUCGACCCUACGGUUCCUGAAAUGUUGAUGCGCAAGCACAAUUUCUCUCCGGCAGCGGCUUCACAAGCCGCCCCUGUUCUCGCCCGCAUGAGGAAUCCAAACAAAUCCGAUUCGGCAAUCACAUUCCUCAAAGAAAACGGAUUCUCCAAAACCCAAGUGGAUAACAUUGUGAAAAUCUGGCCUCAGUUUCUCUCCGCCAAUCUCGAAAAAACAAUCAAGCCCAAAAUCAAGAUUUUCCAAGACUCGGGCUUUUCCGCAAACGACGCCGUCGCUAUAAUCUCGAACGAUCCUCGGAUUCUGAGGCAGAGCCUGAAAAAUAGAAUCGUUCCGUGUUUAUCUACAUUGAAGGGUUUGUUGGGAUCGAAUUUCGAAGUGGCUAGGCUUUUGAAGAAUUGUGGAUGGUUCUUGGAAACUAACCUCGACAACAAUUUGAUACAAAAUGUCGAGUUCUUGAAGAACUACGGCUUGCCGCUGGAGCAGAUCACUUGGUCCAUGCAUUAUUUUCCUAUGAUUCUGCUGCGUAAGCCCGAGACCGUGAGGAAAUUCGUUUACAAGGCUGAGAAAAUGGGGGUUAGGAAAAGUUCUAGAAUGUUCAUUCACGCCGUCCGGUUGUUCAGUUCAAUGUCGGAGGAAACUCUGGAACUGAAGCUGAGGACUUUUCACGCGUUGGGGUUUUCCGAAGAUGAUAUAGCAGCGACGUUUAGAAGUGUCCCUUUGGUUUUCGGUGUGUCGGAGAAGAAGAUAAAGGAGGUGAAAGAUGUUCUCUUUGCCACCGGGAAGUACAAAAUGUCGUGCAUUGUUAAAAACCCCGUUUCGUUUAUGUACAGCGUCGAGAAAAGGUAUAUGCCGCGGUUUAAAGUCUUGGAGAUUUUGGAAAGUGAGGGUUUGAUUGAGAAAUGGCCUUGUUUGGCUGUGCUGUGCAGAAUGUCUGGUAAGAAGUUCUAUGAGAAAUUCGUUGGUCCGUAUUUAGACCGAGUUGGAGAUGUUUAUGUGGCGAAGGGUGUAAUAAUUGGAAACGGAGAAGUCGAACGAGGGUUUGAAUGUUGACCGUACUACUGUAGUAGCUGGUGGUUAGUUUUGUGGCAACUUGUUGAAGAUGACUACUGAGCAGAAAUAUGAACUUAGCUCAGAUUUUAAUUUUCAUGUAAGGUAAUGAUAUUGUAGCUGCAUUUAUGUUUAUUAUUUGAUGUU